UUGAUCCCUCACCAGAGAGAUUUAGAUCUACUUCAUCCUUCACUAAUUGUUGACCUGUUUCAGCUACCCUUUCCCAAACCCAUCUUUCAUUUCCACUUCUUUUUCGAUUUUCUCAAAAUUUCAGCUGUUUUUCAGUGGAUCUCGUCUCCAAUUUCUAGGGUAGCAUUUGUGUCGGGAAGUCGUAAAAGAUUAUGGAUUGUGUCAAGGUUCUUCUUGAUGGUGGAAAGGGGGGAGUGGAGUCGGGACUCAAGAACGUGAGCUCCCACUGCUCGUUAUCCGAGAUGGAUGAUUAUGAUCUCUCGAAGCUACUUGAGAGGCCUAGAUUGAACAUUGAGAGGCAGAGGUCGUUCGAUGAGAGGUCACUGAGCGAACUAUCAGUUGGUCUGUCUCGAGGUCUGGAUCACUACGAGAGUGCAUACUCCCCGGGGCGGUCAGCGUUGGACACCCCUGCCUCGUCUGCUAGGAACUCGUUCGAGCCACAUCCAAUGGUUGCUGAUGCUUGGGAAGCCCUCAGGCGCUCGUUGGUGCACUUUCGCGGCCAGCCAGUUGGCACCAUUGCUGCUUAUGAUCACGCUUCCGAGGAGGUCUUGAAUUACGAUCAGGUGUUUGUUCGGGAUUUUGUGCCGAGUGCGUUGGCCUUCUUGAUGAACGGGGAGCCGGAUAUAGUGAAGAACUUCUUGUUAAAGACUCUUCAACUUCAAGGAUGGGAGAAGAGAAUCGACCGGUUCAAGCUUGGCGAGGGCGCUAUGCCGGCUAGUUUCAAAGUGCUUCACGACCCUGUUCGGAAAACUGACACGAUUGUGGCAGAUUUCGGUGAAAGUGCUAUUGGAAGAGUGGCUCCGAUUGAUUCUGGAUUCUGGUGGAUCAUUCUACUCCGUGCAUACACAAAGUCGACUGGAGACCUCUCUCUGGCCGAGACACCCGAGUGCCAGAAGGGGAUGAGGCUUAUCCUGGCACUGUGUUUGUCCGAAGGCUUUGACACGUUCCCGACAUUGCUGUGUGCUGACGGUUGCUCGAUGAUUGAUCGUAGAAUGGGAAUCUAUGGCUACCCGAUCGAGAUCCAAUCGCUCUUCUUUAUGGCGCUGAGAGCUGCUCUAGCCAUGUUGAAGCACGACGCGGAAGGCAAGGAGUUCAUCGAGAGAAUAGUGAAGCGUCUCCACGCCUUGAGUUACCACAUGAGGAGUUACUUCUGGCUCGAUUUUCAACAAUUGAACGAUAUAUACCGGUACAAAACCGAGGAAUACUCUCACACUGCUGUCAACAAGUUCAACGUGAUCCCUGAUUCAAUCCCCGACUGGGUGUUCGACUUCAUGCCAACGCGCGGUGGUUACUUCAUCGGAAAUGUUAGCCCCGCGAGGAUGGAUUUUAGAUGGUUUGCUCUCGGCAAUUGUGUUGCCAUAUUGUCCUCCCUUGCCACCCCUGAGCAAGCUUCCGCUAUCAUGGACCUCUUCGAGGAGAGAUGGGAGGAGCUCGUCGGAGAGAUGCCCUUGAAGAUAUCUUAUCCAGCUAUUGAGAGCCACGAGUGGCGGAUUGUGACCGGAUGUGAUCCAAAGAAUACGAGAUGGAGCUAUCAUAACGGAGGUUCUUGGCCAGUGCUUCUAUGGUUGCUAACAGCCGCGUGCAUCAAAACCGGACGCCCACAAAUUGCGAGACGAGCAAUCGACCUUGCAGAGAGCCGCUUGCUGAAGGACAGCUGGCCCGAGUACUACGACGGGAAGCUAGGGAGAUACAUUGGGAAGCAAGCAAGAAAAUACCAGACAUGGUCCAUUGCCGGAUACCUCGUGGCAAAGAUGAUGCUUGAGGAUCCCUCGCACUUGGGCAUGAUCUCGCUCGAAGAGGACAAGCAGAUGAAGCCCGUGCUCAAGAGAUCCUCGUCGUGGACCUGCUGAUCGAAGGGUGCAGCUCGUUCGGGUUCAAGUUAGAGAGACGAGAGGCGCCGUUUUGCUUCGUUGAAAUCGGAACUAUGAUUCUUUGGCGAUUUCUCUUCCUUAUUUGUAGGUUUGGUUUCAUGAUUUGGGUGUAAAUUAGUGUCUAGCAAGACUUUUAAUCACUUCCCUUGAUUUUCCAAAUAAAAGAAGACAAUUUGAUUUAUCUGUGCUUUGUGUUAUUGAAAAAAGGUUUGUUGUUUUUGCA